AUGAGGGCAGCCAAAGAUACAAUUAGACAAGCUCCCCCCGAACAAUUCCAACAAAGAAUUCGCGUUACUAUUUGGUCGGGAAAUCCUUUACAAAAACAGGAGCCUUUAACUCUGGAUGAUGCUCUUUUUGCUAUUGACCGUAUUGACUGGCCAACAAAUGAUGAGAUUUUGGAAAACAAGUUUACUAACAAAAGCUUAACAGAAGCUUUGGGGUAUGCUCUCACAGAAACAUUUAAAUUUGGCCGAGGAGAUGAGGCAAGAUCUGCUAUUGUUUUACUAACUGAUGGAUAUUCUUCUGAAAAGAAUGGAAAUAAUAAAAAAUUACAAAAAGCAUUGGAAAGCCAAACAACUGCAAUUUUUGGAUUAAAUUUUGGAAAUUUAAAAUUUAAUGAAAAUAUUCAAAAUCAAAUUUCUAUUAGCAAUACAUUCUCUUCUAAACCUUCCUUUCUUCGAUUAUUUAAUGCUAGAGGACAGGGACAAAUGGCUAAAUUUGUUGAUGAAUUCCAAAGAAGAAUUAUUCGAUGCCGAGAUGAAAUGAAAAUUAGGAGGGCAGAUUCUGUUUUAAUUAAUAAAAAUAAUUUUGGGGGAAUUAAAAGACAGAGAGAUCUUCGGUUUAGAAAUGAACAUAAUGAUGGAAAGGUGAUUCUGAUUUGUAAUAUUUUUUUAAGAAAACUUUUCCUAGAAAGGAGAAUCAGAAUUUAUUUUAAACAGACAUAA